CCAGACAAUGAAGGAAGGUGAAUGUUUGCUCCUCUUUUGCUUGGCUGAAGGAGGCCUUGUGGAAAACAGGUUCCAUUUCUACAUGGAUGGAGCGGAGAUCACCUCCAGCCAUGAAUGGCUUUUGGAGGGUUCUGGUAAACCCACAAAUCCUCUUCAGAAUGCCUCUCUGAGCAUCCUGCAUGCAAAACCCAACCAUAGUGGGGAAUUUGCUUGCAGCUAUGAAGAAAAGAGAGGCAGACGAUGGAUCACGUCUUCUUGGAGCCAGGGGGUGAACGUCACAGUUUGUAGCCAAGAUUUUGAUACUAUGUGGAAAUACAUAUGGCUGGUGGUUCCUUUCAUAAUCCUGCUUGCUGCCUUUGCCUUUUAUUGCUGGAAGAACAAGAACAAAUCUGAAGCCGAGGAAAGCAAAGGAGAGAGAGAUGAUCUUGGAAUGAUGGAUCCUCAAACAGCAAGAGCAGCUGCUCCCUCACUUGCUAAGGACUCGGAGGUCACCUACAGCGUCAUUCAGGUCUCCUCCACUCAACCUGCUCCCGGACCAACAAGGAAGGACCGUCUCCCACCAAAGGAAGAGGAGAUGGUGUUGUACAGUGACGUUCUCUUCCAACCCAUCAAAGGAAGAGCAAGAAAACAUACAGUAGACUGACUGCAUCAAAGUUCAGUUUCAUUUCGAUUGUUCUUUCCCUGACAUAUGACUCUUACAGACAACUUUUCUAAUCUCUUCAUUUUUGUAAACAGGUUUUAGGUCUUUGCACCUU